AAAAACUAUAUACUGUAGAAGUCUGUUAUAUAUUUUAGAGUUAUUAUAGGCGGUGCCUUGCUAGCAAGAAGAGAGACGCACCUACUUUUGGUGUUGAUACUUUAUUUGUCAAGUUAACUUUCGUUGUUUUAAUUAAGAAAUCACUCGGAAUGAAUUCGGAAUUGGUUGCUUGUUUAUGUUUGAUGAUUGCUUCUACAGGUUACGCAAUCAGGUGCUACGUUUGCUCCCAUUGCAACGAUAAGAAGUUGACAACAUUUCUUAUGGUGGUGGACUGCCGUGAUGAAUUCCUUACAUGUGCCAAAGAAACUGAAAAUGGUACUGUUAGUCUGUUUUGCUCCAAACACAAUGAAACUGGAUGCAAACAAAGGUUGGCUGGUGAUGUGAUGAGGGAAGUCUGUAUAUGCAAAGAAGAUAAAUGCAACGGAAUGGAUACCGACUACAACUGCUACAGAAACCACUUCAAGCGCCGGAUCCAUCAAAUCAAGCUUUAUAGUUGGAUCCGUUAUCAGCCUCCUCGUUGGUAUAGCUGUAUUAUAGUUUAGACAAGAAAUAAGAUAAUGACAUUUUAUAACUUUUACUACUUCUCAU